CACUGGCAGCUCCCAAGGGCAGCCGCUCCAAGGCACUUCCUGCUCCUGGGCACUCCGAGGGAUCCGCCUCCCAGCAGGGCUGGCUUUCAAACAGGCACAACCAGAUUCCCCAGGCACAAAGUAAUCAAUUUGCCUGUCUCCUGCAGUUGCAGAAGGCAGUUUCACUCUAGCACUCCUGAGGAUGAUCACACUUGGUCGACAAUAGAAGAAGCAGAAGGAAUGAAGGAAAUACUUCAUGGAAUGUUACUCAAGACACGUUGCCUAGGGAAUAUUCUGGAAAAAUGUUUUUGGGAUUAUACUGAAGCUUAACCUCCAGAGUUCCUGUGUAAAGAGUAAAAGCCACCAACACGGGAUUCAGAGUGCAACCAAACAAAAAAGAUAUUGGAAUUAACUUCCUGUGUUGCAAGAGGGGACGAGAAAAAAAAAAACAGGAAAGAAUCCUGACCACAAAAACCAUGAGAGAUCGUCUGCAAGAGCUCAGACUGAGGGCUAAGGAGCUACAGAUGGGCAGGGAAAACAAUGGUGCAACUGUACAAGAAGAGGAGCAGGAGGAGUUUGAACAGCAGGCUAUUAUUUAUGAAAAAGAGCCCAUAACUGAAAGGCACCUGCAUGAAAUCCAGAAACUUCAGAACGAAAUUAAUAAUCUGGUGGAAGAAGUCAAUAAAUUCAGCCAACAACAAAAAAGCCUCGUGUCUUCAAUGAGAAGAUUCAGCGUUCUCAAAAAGGAAUCUAACAUAGCCAGGGAAAUCAAAAUCCAAGCAGAACAGGUACGCAAAGGUUUGGAUGAGCUGGCAAAAGCAGUGAGGAAAGCUGAGAAUGAGCACGGGCCAGCGCGAGCCACGGUGAGGAUCCUGGCUGCCCAGCACGCCUUCCUGUCCCACCGCUACCUGCAGGCCAUGCUCGCCUACAACCAGGCCAUCACCGCCAAGCAGGACAAGUGCAGGACCUUCAUCCUCCGCCAGCUUGAGGUAGCUGGCAAAGAGGUGUCUGAGGAGGAGGUCAAUGACAUGCUCCAGCAAGGAAAAUGGGAGAUUUUCAAUGAAAAUCUACUCACUGAAGUCAAGAUUACUAAAGCUCAGCUGUCAGAGAUUGAGCAGAGACACAAAGAACUGGUCAAUCUGGAGAACCAGAUCAAAGACGUGAAAGAACUGUUUAUCCAGAUCUCGCUUCUGGUGGAGGAGCAAGGGCAGAUGAUCAACAACAUAGAAAUCUACAUGAACAACGCUCAAGAAUAUACUCAAGUAUCAAAAGAAAAGUUUGGGCUUGCAGUCAGGUAUAAAAAAAGAAAUCCUUGCAAAGCAAUUUGCUGCUGGUGCUGUCCGUGCUGCAGAUGACACCAGAAAUGAACUGCCUGAAAUACCAAUGGUUCCUCCACACCAAACUGAUCUUGAAAAGCACUCCUGGAAUCCCUCAACUGCUUCACUUUUCUCCCCGUUUUCCCUUCAGCAGAGCUCUCAGGAAAAACUGCAUCUGUUUUUCAAGCCAGAGUAAAGGAUUUUAUGGUUUUUACAGAAACACGUGAACUACAGGAAAUGAUCAAAGGAUAAAAGUGACUUUUUCUUUUGGUUCUUAUAAACUUCUUCAAAGUUUAGAAGUUCUAAAGUUUAGUUUGGUUCUUCAAACUAAGUCAGCGUAGCAAGAAAGUCCCUGUGCUGUUGGGAAGCAUUGAAAAUACUGUUAAUCACAGACAGGAUUCAUAAAAGUGUUUUAUUUACUUUUCGCAAAAUGAUAAUAAGUAUUUUUAAUUGCCUUGUGGUAUUUUUUAGCAUUUAUAUUUACUUGCUCAAAUUCCAAUUUUUUUUUUUUCCCCGGGAAUGUGAAAUUCUACAAAACAAAUCCACACAAUGCAGACACCAUUAGUAACAAUCCAGAAUGGGAUGCCUAAACCAGACAAGAGGUCAGAAAACUUAUCAGGAAUGUCUCAAUACUACCUCUACAGGAAAAGUUCAUGAACUUUUCAUAAAUUGACACAGAGAUACUUUGAUUAUUCAGCUCUACAGGCAGAGCCCUAGCAGGAUAGGGGAAUAUGAUCCCUAAUUACACACUCACAAGGCACAUUCUUAAUCCUGCCUAUCCUACCUGAAUACAGUCACAUUUGCAGUCUCACUUUUGCUAGCACAAAAAUUAAUGAAAAAAUAGAAUAAAAAAGAGAACUCCAUCCUUACACCCCCUACUCCUCCCCCAUAAUCUAGAACCAGAGAAUGAUUUAGGUUGGAAGGAAUCUCCUGUAACCAACUCCUUUUGGAACUGAGUGAGAAACAGCUCUCCAUGCAAUUUAACAGACAACAGCAAUGUAACUGAGCCAAAAAAGUUAUGUCCAAAAAGAAAUUAAAAAAAAAAAAUUGCACACUAAAACCAAACAGAAACCAGAAA